GAAUUACGUUUUCCUUAUGUUCUAAUAGAAGUUUUAGUAGGUGUUAUCCUUUGAAAUAAGUAAUUAGGUAGAUAAUGGGUUAAAACUCUCGACUUCACGCUAUUCAUGAGUUAUGUGUGUAUUGAGGAUUAAAGCCUAGGAAUUCUUGCAAAAAAGAAUAUCAAACAAGUUUAAUUAACAAUUGUUCGAUUUGGGAGCAUUUAGAGGGCUAUGAUUUUCCCUCAAUUAACAAAUCAAGGUUUUUUUGUGUGUGUGUUAGUUCUGAAUUCUUCGAUGCAGCUAGGUUACUAUACUUUCCAAACUGCAAUUUUCUUUCAAGUGCUAUAACAUUGUAGAUAAGGACCUAACAUUUGUUCAACUUUUUCAAUUUGAUGUUAAUACACCACAAUGUUUAAUUCAUGAUAUGUUAAAUAUUGAACUUAGCCACCUGUUGUAUGGGUUGUGACACAAUAAGGACUUCGAAGCAGUUGUUCAUUUUUAUCAAACUAUUAAAUGCAGCUGGGAACCAAUUCUUGACCCUCUUGCAAUGUAAAGUUCCAAGAAAAAAUAACCGGACAUAAUGUAUGAGAAGUAUCAUGUCUGUUAUGGAGGUGAAGAGGAAGCGAGAAAAUCAAACUAUACUGAUAUGGUUAAUAAGUAUUAUGAUCUGGUUACCAGCUUUUAUGAGUAUGGCUGGGGAGAGUCCUUCCAUUUUGCACCCAGAUGGAAAGGAGAGUCUCUUCGAGAGAGCAUCAAGAGGCAUGAACACUUCCUUGCCUUACAACUAGGACUGAAACCUGGACAGAAGGUUUUGGAUGUAGGUUGUGGAAUUGGAGGACCACUAAGAGAAAUAGCACGCUUCAGCUCGACGUCAAUUACUGGGUUGAACAACAAUGAAUAUCAGAUAACAAGAGGAAAGGAACUGAACCGCAUUGUUGGAAUUGACAAGACCUGUGACUUUGUUAAGGCCGACUUCAUGAAAAUACCAUUUCCUGAAAAUACGUUUGAUGCAGUAUAUGCAAUCGAAGCUACCUGCCAUGCACCAGAUGCAUAUGGAUGUUACAAAGAGAUUUAUAGAGUACUAAAACCUGGUCAAUGUUUUGCUGCAUAUGAGUGGUGCAUGACUGAUUCGUUUGAUCCCAAUAACGCAGAACAUCAAAAAAUUAAGGCAGAGAUUGAGAUUGGUGAUGGCCUCCCGGACAUCAGAUUGACAGUAAAGUGCCUUGAAGCUUUGAAACAAGCAGGUUUUGAGGUCAUAUGGGAGAAAGAUCUUGCAAGGGAUGUAAAGGAGUCACCUCUUCCUUGGUACUUGCCUUUGGACAAAAGUCGCAUUUCACUUAGUAGUUUCCGUCUAACAGCUGUUGGCCGCUUUUUUACUAAAAACAUGGUCAAAGUUUUAGAAUAUGUUGGACUUGCUCCACAAGGAAGCCAAAGAGUUCAAGAUUUUCUAGAGAAAGCUGCUGAAGGGCUAGUCGAAGGUGGAAAGAAAGAGAUCUUCACACCAAUGUAUUUCUUUGUGGCCCGGAAGCCACUUUCAGCUGCAGAUAGUCAGUAAAUUAGUAGCGCAGAGUAGUUAACCUGCCGCUGUGGUUUCAGAAUCUUCCCAGGGAUUCUAACUCAUGGAGAAGAAGAUGUACUUUAGAAUUGAUCUGUGAUCAUGCUUACCUGACAUGGAAGUUGUCUAAAGCUGCUUGUUUGUGUUUUAUCAUGUGUGUUUAUUUAUUAUUAGCAUCUGUAUUUGUAUUUGUACUUGUCAACCUUGUCCAGACAAUGAGAGAACGAAAUUUCAACCCUGCUUCA